CGCAUGCGCACACGGAAAAGACCUUGGCUGCGCUGUCUCUCUGUAGGUUACGACUUCAAAAUAAGGACGUGGAGCCGAAAUGCAGAGUUGGAACCAUUUAUAUCGCUCUCUAGCCAAGCGCGGGCAUCAACUGCCAUGUAAACUCCACGGAGCUGCAGUCCUGUCUGUGAGGACAUACGCUGACAAAUCACCAAUUGAUGCAGACGUCGCGGUUGUUGGGUCCGGUCCAGGUGGAUAUGUCGCUGCUAUUAAAUCGGCUCAACUUGGCUUCAAGACAGUAUGCGUGGAAAAGAAUGCCACCCUGGGAGGGACCUGCUUGAAUGUUGGCUGUAUUCCUUCAAAGGCUCUGCUGAACAACUCUUAUCUGUAUCACUUGGCACAUGGAAAAGAUUUUGAAAGCAGGGGUAUUGAAAUUUCUGGAAUUAAACUGAACCUGGAGAAGAUGAUGUCACAGAAGAGCGGAGCAGUCAAAGCACUGACGGGUGGAAUUGCACACCUCUUCAAGCAGAACAAGGUAACACAUGUCAGUGGCUUUGGGAAGAUUACAGGUAAGAACCAGGUAACCGCAUCAACGGGUGAUGGCGCCGAGCAAGUCAUCAACACCAAGAACAUCCUUAUUGCUACUGGGUCAGAGGUCAUGCCUUUCCCAGGAAUACAGAUUGAUGAGGAGACUAUAGUGUCCUCCACUGGGGCACUGUCACUGUCGAAGGUUCCAGAGAAGCUGAUUGUGAUUGGUGCCGGUGUCAUUGGCGUGGAACUGGGUUCUGUGUGGCAGCGUUUGGGUUCUGACGUGACGGCAGUGGAGUUCUUGGGCCACGUGGGUGGGAUGGGGAUCGACAUGGAGAUCUCAAAGAACUUCCAGCGCAUCCUGCAGAAGCAGGGAAUGAAGUUCAAGCUGAACACAAAGGUCUUGGGUGCCACCAAGAGGCCAGAUGGACAGAUUGAUGUGGCGGUGGAGGCAGCUGCAGGGGGUAAAAAUGAAACCCUCAUUUGCGAUGUUCUGUUGGUCUGCAUCGGCCGCCGCCCUUACACACAGAACCUAGGACUGGAGAAUGUGGGCAUCGAGCUGGACAAUCGUGGCCGGAUUCCCAUCAACAACCGCUUCCAGACUAAAGUGCCUAACAUCUACGCCAUUGGGGAUGUGGUGGCAGGACCCAUGUUGGCUCACAAGGCGGAGGAUGAGGGCAUCAUUUGUGUGGAGGGCAUGGCUGGGGGGGCUGUCCACAUUGACUAUAACUGUGUCCCCUCUGUCAUCUACACCCACCCUGAGGUAGCCUGGGUGGGUAAGACAGAGGAGCAGCUUAAAGAAGAGGGUAUCCCAUACAAAGUUGGCAAAUUCCCCUUUGCAGCUAACAGCAGAGCAAAGACCAAUGCAGACACAGAGGGUUUGGUGAAGAUCCUAAGCCACAAGGAGACAGACAGAAUGCUGGGAUCUCACAUUCUUGGAUCAGGUGCUGGGGAAAUGAUCAAUGAGGCAGCACUGGCAAUGGAGUAUGGAGCCUCAUGCGAGGAUGUUGCCCGUGUGUGCCACGCCCAUCCUACGGUUUCAGAGGCCUUCAGAGAAGCCAACCUCGCAGCAUCAUUUGGAAAAGCAAUUAACUUCUAAAACACUCUAAUCGAUUGAUGUAUAUACAUGUCUGUCUCACAAGGCAGUUUACAAAAUCUGGCCCAUUUAUCCAUAGGUGGCAUGACCUACUGGACAACUUACCUAGUACCCCAAUUAUUGUUAUUUAAAUGUUCUCAAUAAAAACAAUUGACUUUUUGAAAAUACUGAUGAUAGAUGGGUAUGUUUUAUUGAACUAUGUGCAUUUUAGUAAGUCAAAUAUGCCGCCUUUUUUUGUCACAAUGACACAUACAAAGUUAACACUUAAGUAUAAUGGUUCUGAAAUGCACAGGGGACAUUUCCUUUUAUCUUGUAUAUUUCAUGCUAGGUUUCUAAACCAGACUAUAACUGAAAUCACGAUAGAAAAUAAAUGCAGUGUCUUAAAACUUCCACACAAUCCCACUUUAUCAGAGGGGAAAAUCAGUUCAAUAGAGAAGUGGGAAAGAGCAGUAGGUGGUAGCACCAAUGCGUCACAAUAUUUGUGACAAGUCUUUCAAUGUUAUAUUUUCAUGGAUUCAUUAUCAAUUACUGUUUGUGCAUUGCAGCACUGCAGUAGUCUGGAGUCUAACCUCCAAACAUACAAUGCACCCUAAAUGGAGACAACUUGGUAAUUUGUCUCCGUUCAUAAAACAAAGUUUACCAGGUAGCUACUUAUGUCUUUCACUCUUGUGGGUGGUAUGCAGCAGCAGCUCGUAGUGUAGUGCUUUGAGCUGUCACAUUGGACUUCGAGGACCUGGAUUGGAAUAGCACCUCUUGCUCUAAUAUUGUGGAGCAAAGUAUUUACAUUGAAUUGCUCCAAGAAAAACACCUACAUUUAAAUAUCUUAAUAUUGUAAGUUUCUUUGGAGGCAAAUGUCAAAUUAAGUACUCAAUCUGCUUUUCUGGUUGUAUUUAAUUUACAUUUAAAUUGUCAAAGGGGUAUAAUUGUUACCUCACUGCCUUGUGCUAAGCAUAAUUACACUUGUGUACAUAUUCAGAUGAAGUUUUGGUUUGUAAUUUCUCUAAAUGUUAAAACAAGUGUUUAUUCCAUAUAUAUUUUGUUGUAGUAGAUGACUGCUCUAUACUGAUAAUGGGGAUAGGAAUUUGAGUGUUGCUGAGAAUCACCUGUGCAGGACUGACGGCAUGAUUUGAGUGGUUGUGUGGUCUUACGUCUGUCAAAAUUGCUCAAAGGCCAUGUGUAUGGACGUGAAAUGACUGCUUAACAGGCAAAAAUGCUGUUCUACUGAAUAAAGAGCCCACUCUGUGGGGAAAAAAUGCUACCACAUGUUACAAGAAUUCGAGCUAUGAGUUUUGGAACAUAUUCACAUUGGCCAGUUUAUUUGUUUAAUUAUGUUUUCGUUGCCAUUCUGUUUUGUAAAAUAUUUAUUGCAGUGCAGAAAUAGCUGCAUUUCUGCUAUAUUCCGCAGUUAAAAAGAGGUAUGUCUCUGUUAUGCUUUUUUGACUGCAAACUGAAAGUGACCAGAUGCUGAAGUUUUAUUUUGUACUCAGUCACAAAGAAGGCACUUUGUAAUUAGGGUCAAGCACUUUAAUUUAUUCUCCCUAUGCCAUCCUCUGUUAUACCUUUAUGCCACCUGUUGUGCAGGAGGAAUGCAGCACUGUCUCGCAUAUAGAGAACACAACAUAGCGAAUAGGAGGUUGUGGACCCAACGUUUUUAUUUUCAGUCACUUUAAAGCAGGCAAUUUUAAUGUUGAUUCAAG